AUGGUAACUGGGAACGUCCGGGAGCACAGGUAUAUAAAGAAUCAGAAAUUGCCAAAGCCUACCCCCAUGGCAUCAAACCCUUCCCGGAAGCAGUCUAGGUACCAUGGAAUCCGGAGUCGGGGCGGAAAAUGGGUGUCCGAGAUCCGAGAGCCACGUAAGACUAGACGUAUAUGGCUUGGGACUUUCCCAACUGCGGAGAUGGCUGCAGCAGCCUAUGACGUGGCCGCACUCGCUCUCAAGCGCGGCGAUGCUGUUCUCAACUUUCCUAGCUCCAUGGACUCGUAUCCUGUGCCCGCAUCCACGUCUCCACAGGACAUUCGUAGUGCUGCUGCCGCUGCUGCAGCAGCAGCAGCACUACAAGGGAAUGAGGAGCCGGAUAACAGUCUGAAGCUCAUAGAGAAGAAGACGAAGUGCGAAUACGAUAUGAUGAUGAUGAGUAGUACGAGUUUGGCGUCAUCUGUGGGAAUGGAUGAAGAAGAGCUUUUCGGGAUGCCAAAUUUGCUGGCGAACAUGGCAGAGGGAAUGCUUGUGUCUCCGCCGAGACCGUCUGAUUAUCCUGACUCGUCCGGCAAUUCAGACGGAUUAGAUAGUCGUCUAUGGAGCUAUUGA